AUGGAAGGCAGUCAGGAGGAGGCCAGGUCAGGUGGGACCGUUCCAGCCAAUGAGGCUGAUUACGCGCGUGAUGGCAGGCACAACUCCCAGAUAGUGUUGGGAUGUCACGUGUCCUACUGUCUGUCUCCAGGUGUUUUCUACAGCCGUAGGUUCAGUAGUGUCUGUCUCCAGGUGUUUUCUACAGCCGUAGGUUCAGUAGUGUCUGUCUCCAGGUGUUUUCUAGGCAAGCUACAUAGUAGACACUCUACCAGCCCUUCUCUAGAGCUGUACUGUGUAAGGCCUCAGCUCUGUCUGGUACAUAGUAGACAAUCUACCAGCCCUUCUCUAGAGCUGUACUGUGUCUGUCUGGUACAUAGUAGACAAUCUACCAGCCCUUCUCUAGAGCUGUACUGUGUCUGUCUGGUACAUAGUAGACAAUCUACCAGCCCUUCUCUAGAGCUGUACUGUGUCUGUCUGGUACAUAGUAGACGAUCUACCAGCCCUUCUCUAGAGCUGUACUGUGUCUGUCUGGUACAUAGUAGACGCUCUACCAGCCCUUCUCUAGAGCUGUACUGUGUCUGUCUGGUACAUAGUAGACGAUCUACCAGCCCUUCUCUAGAGCUGUACUGUGUAAAGCCUCAGCUCUGUCUGGUACAUAGUAGACGAUCUACCAGCCCUUCUCUAGAGCUGCACUGUGUAAGGCCUCAGCUCUGUCUGGUACAUAGUAGACGAUCUACCAGCCCUUCUCUAGAGCUGUACUGGCACUGUGUAAGGCCUCAGCUCUGUCUGGUACAUAGUAGACGAUCUACCAGCCCUUCUCUAGAGCUGCACUGUGUAAGGCCUCAGCUCUGUCUGGUACAUAGUAGACGAUCUACCAGCCCUUCUCUAGAGCUGUACUGUGUAAGGCCUCAGCUCUGUCUGGUACAUAGUAGACGAUCUACCAGCCCUUCUCUAGAGCUGUACUGUGUAAGGCCUCAGCUCUGUCUGGUACAUAGUAGACGCUCUACCAGCCCUUCUCUAGAGCUGUACUGGCACUGUGUAAGGCCUCAGCUCUGUCUGGUACAUAGUAGACGAUCUACCAGCCCUUCUCUAGAGCUGUACUGUGUAAGGCCCAGAAACCCCUUAGGAACUUGAUGAAGUUGGGUUUGGUGCUGAACUUAGUGUGUCUUGUUUCUCUUGAGCGGUAAAUGACUGAUGAGCUUUGUGAAGUUGAGUUUGUUAUGAAGUGGUGUCUUGCGCUGAAGUGGUGGAUUUUGUGAAUUUACUUCUCUUGUCUCAUCAUGAGGAGGAAGGAGCCAGGUAGCUUUUAGUGGUGACUUAUGACUCAUUGCUCUGUCAACUGUUAUAGUUCUGUAGUAUGACUCAUUGCUCUGUCAACUGUUAGUAGUAUGAUCACAGCACCUUUAUCAAGUCCACUCAGUGUGUUCUCUAGGCAAGCUAGCGUUCAGUAGUGUCUGUCUCCAGGUGUUCUCUAGGCAAGCUAGCGUUCAGUAGUGUCUGUCUCCAGGUGUUUUCUACAGCUGUAGGUUCAGUAGUGUCUGUCUCCAGGUGUUUUCUACAGCUGUAGGUUCAGUAGUGUCUGUCUCCAGGUGUUUUCUACAGCCGUAGGUUCAGUAGUGUCUGUCUCCA